AUGAGCAGGAGGUUGCGCAGCAGAUGCAACUACAACGCAUCCAAGGUUCCUACUGCCCCCAAGAGGCGGGCCAAUAAGCGCAUGGCUCCAAAAACAGCCAACUGCGUGGAACCCAAGACGUCAAACAAGACCACUGAUGAGCAAGCAAUUGUACCAGCAAGAAGAGUACAGCUCACCUUUGGCACCAUGCCCCAGGGCGCAAGAGAGCAAGGCAAGCGCAUGGUAGUGCUGGGUGUUGGGAAGCGCCAGGGAAUAGCCUUUGCCAACACCAAGGGAGUCAAGUUAUCUCCCUUGGCCUAUAUGGCCCUCACGCAACAAGCCCCACCUAUCUGGAAGGUGUUGAGCUGGCUGUUGCCAAUUAACAAGACCCGCCAAGAAGCGGAUGCCCCCAUGAACAGGGAAGCAACCUCAGAACAGAGCGUUGAACUUGUUGAGCAAGCAUUGGUUGAGCAGACAAGCGCUCCCACAUAUGCUGACAACCAGCAAACAGCUACAGAAGUCCCUACAACCCCCAACAUGGAUGCAGAAAGUAGGAGGGAAUUGGACAACAAGAUAUUUGUAACAGCUAGGACAAGUUGUGUACUAAAUGAGAGCAUUGUCCUGGACAAUGACAGUAAACCCAUGUUAGCGCAAUACAUAGUCAAUGAUGAGAGGGGAAGCAAGACACCUCCCAAGAGUAGUAAGCGCAAGCGUACCUGCCAUAAGUCUAAGGGUAAAGGCAAGGAAAGGGAGCUGGAUAUCAGUGUCAGCACCAAAUCUAAGUCCACAGCUAAUCAUGAGGGCCUCACCUGGGACAAAGAGGUACGCCAAGCCAAUGGCAACAAUGGGGGUCCAGGCAAUGUUGAGGAACUACCAGACAUUAGUGACUGGAUUAAUCCUAACUGGUCACAAUUGGAUUACAUACCCACAAGUGAAGGAGAUUGUACCAAAGCCAAAAGCAGAAACAAAGCUACUCCAGAACUUGAGGAGCUCCAAAAGACAAGGGGGGCUGGCCCAUCAAGACAACCACGCGUUACAAUCAAGGAAGUUGAUAGCAGGUCAGAGGACACAACAACAAGCUGCACCAGGUCACACAAGAGUAAGGGAAAGGCAAAGACUAAGGCUAAGGGCAAGAAGAGGAAACGUCCUAGCCUGGGAGCCGCAUUGGAUGACCUAGAAGGGACGCAGGAGCAUCACAUACAACAAACAGACUCCCAAAGCACGCCAAACGCAUACAGGGGCAGGGGAUACCUGGAGGGUAUCAUAGAAUCAACCCUGGCCAGGAAGUCUAGUAAGACAACCCAAACAGAUAUGGGGAAGGCGAGAAAACUCAGAUGCAAGGAACAACAACAGGCGCGGUUGACCAAGAGAAGGCCCCCAUCACUGUCUGACUCAUCCAAAUUGUCAGAGACGGAUAGCAAUGAGACUGAAUCCACGCAUACAAGCAGGUAUGGAGGUGGGGGAGCACCAGAUCCAUCAGAUAGUGGAUCCAAAACAGCCAACUUGUCCAACUCAAGUUGGACCAAAUCAUUGGCACAAUUGCGCAAUGAUAACCGUCAGAGGAAUAGACAGCUGGAGGAAUUAGUUGCAAAGCUCAAGAAGCAAAACAAGAAGCUUGAGCAAAAGGUGGUCACGCAAGCGCAAUCAGGAUACAAGGCACAGUCACCCAAGACGUAUAAGGGCAAAGCGGACAUUGACAAGCUGGAUAUGUUCAUAUUCAGUUACAACCUAUAUGUCAGUGAUACUAGAUUGAGUGACAGCAAGGCAGUGCUCACUGUCAGCCAAUUCCUGGACAACAAAGCCGCGUCUUGGUACAUGUUGAACGUUGCACUGGACCCUGGAAGCUACUCAAUGGAAUUGAUAUAUGUUGGACUAUAUGACUACUGCUUCCCACCAGAUUUCAAGGACAACAUGAGGAAGUUGUAUAACAAAAAGAAGCAGGGAGACUUGGGUGUGCAAGAUUAUUUUGCCAAAUUGGCUUGCUUACAAAGACGCUUACAGGAAGUCACAGACCACCAACAUGUGCUGAGAGUUUGGGACAGUGCAGCCCAAUAUAUCAAAGUGGGAUGGGCACUCAAAGGCAUGAGACUGGAAGCAACUACAUGCAAAACAUUGCAAGAAACAGCACUGGACAUAGACGGACAGGCAAAAGGCUGCAACAGACAGGAGAACCAGCAAAGAAAGCUUACCAACAAGAAGAAGGCCAAAUUGAGGGCGGCUGGGCUAUGUUUUGAAUGCAAACAGUUGGGUCACCUGUCAAAGGAUUGCCCAAAGUUCCACAAGGCCAAACCAUUGCAUGUCAAUGCAAAUGUGGUUAAAGUACACCCCAAGAGCAAGGUCAGGGUGUUGUUGGUCAUGCUCAAAGAGCUAGACAACCUCACCAGGCUGAAGGAAAAAAUCAAGAUCAAUGCAGUGGGCGUUGGGCGGAAGAACAAAGAGCCAGGACCAAAACAUGUUGAGCAAAAUGCUAUCAAGGUUAAGGACCACACAAGGAAGGUCCUGAACAUGCUGAUAGUUGAAGCCAAUCUUGAAGGCAAGUCUGUUUGCGUACUGUUAGAUUUGGGAUGCCAGACUGACAUGGUAUCCACAACCAUUGUUGACCAACUCAGGUUACCAAAAGUGAAACUCACAAAACCGCUGCAAGUACAGUUGGCAAUGGCAGGGUUGCAAGGGACGCUACAUUAUGGUGUAAAAGCUAGAAUAGAGUACCAAGGAAUUGAUGAGUAUUGA